AUGCCAAAACACCCGACUGCCAUUGUUUCACACGGAGAUAUUAAUCCAAGCCCACUAGAAAUCUACGGCCAAGAUGGAGAUGUCCUGCUUCGAAUUGGAAACGGCGGUGCAGGUGCGACUGGCUUAAUUAAGGAGCUUGCCCAGGACUACUUGAAGUCUCGAGACAUAGAUGGUAGAAUUUCCUGGGUAUGCAACCACUCGCGAAACACCCAGCUAGCCCUGCUGAAAGGCUAUGUCGACUUUGCCUUGACUUAUGAGCGAGACCAGGAAGCUCUAGCCGAAGCGGAGGGAUGGUCGUAUACGGCUGGGUGCGUCUUCCACGACCACUUUUGUCUCGCAGGACCUCUCUCAGAUCCUGCGGGGUUGGCAUCCACAACUUCAUUAGUUGAUGCUUUUGAGAGAAUCGCGGCCAGCGGCACCCUUUUCCAUAGUCGCGCAGACCUUUCCGCCACAAUGUGGAAAGAGCGCGCUAUCUGGUCCCUGUCCGGUCGAACACCAUGGGAAGAUAAGUCGUCAUGGUACAGAACAAGUGUGCUAUCACCAUCAGAAGCGCUGAAAGUGGCUGAUACAGCCGGUGCUUACUUCUUGACUGAUCGAUCAACCGUUUUACGACAAACAGGCCUCGGCAAUAUAGUUAAUUCGACGAUCUUCUUUGAACCGUCACACGCCGAAGACGUGCUGAUGAACAGUUGCUAUGCUUUGUUCUCUCCGAAGGUAGAUAACAUUUAUGUACACGAUUUCUUUACGUACCUUGUCUCGCCUCGAGGCCAAACGGUGAUUGCCACACGGAGCUACGGCCCCGGAGCCGUACCCCGUACCCGGCGAUCUGAUAACGACAUCUAUGCCGAGAAUGUGUCUAACAACAAGAUCGUUCCUCUCACCAUCAUCAAGGGCGCUGGCCACGAGCACAUCCCCAUUCCCGAGGGAGAGUGCGCCAUCAUCGCCGACUUCCACUCCGUCAAGUCUCAGAGCGCUCACUCCACUCCUUACUUGACAACCGGCUUCUACAGAGUUGUUCCCGGACCUACGAGAUACGGCGAGUACGACUACGAGGAGACCAAGUACGUCCUCAAGGGUCAAAUUGACAUCACCGAUGAGGCUACUGGCAAGACACACCAUCUUGUUGCCGGAGACUGGGCUUUCUUCCAUGUUGGCUCCAAGGCUCAGUUCUCUACCAAGACUGAGGGUGUUGCUUUCUACGCUGUUACCCGACCCAAGAACGACGGUCACCCCAACCUUGUUGGCCGCGAGGAGGAUGUCUCCAAGUUGUAA